AUGAUGCGUACACGCGGGAUUCGUCUCGUGGCGUUCAAGCUGCAGAACCAAUUUGCACCACUCCAGUCCUCCCCUAGAAUUCUAUAUACUGCCCAGGCUCAGGAAGUUGGCAUCUAUCAGCAAUAUUCUACCACUGGAUAUGGCGACGGGGAAGGCGAUCCUCAUGGACAAGAUCCAACCGCCCAAGGUGUGAAUCGUCGAACCCGUGAGAUCGAGCACCCAGGGCCGUCGCAGCACAAAAAGUCGAACUCGGAGCCUUCAGGCCAAGCAAAAGAUUCUCCGAGAAAACAGUCCCAUAUCCAAGACCAGCUAAAGGAACAGGAAGGAUCUGAAGCGUCAAAAGCGAAAUCUGGAAAGCAGAAAGGGUCCGACGAACAACGAAGAGCCGAAUGA